AUGCCAAUCAUCUCUCCUUAUGCCAUCAACGGGCUGAAAGCAGACCCCAAGCGCCAGCCCAUCUCUCGGGCCAUUCGGGUUGUCCCCGACUUACCCAGACCAGGUGUAAUGUUCCAAGAUAUAACGACGCUGCUACCGGAUCACUGGGUGUUCAAAGACGCAAUGGACAUUUUCAACGCCCGGUACCGUGACAUGGACAUCUCUAUCGUUUCAGCCAUGUGGUUAGAAGCCAGGGGAUUCACGUUUGGUCCAGCAAUUGCAUUAGCUAUGGCCGCGAAGUUUGUUCCUUUGCGUAAGCCCAAGAAGUUGCCAGGUGAAGUAAUAUCAGAAUCUUAUGUCUUGGAUUAUGGAACUGACGGUCUCAAAAUUCGCGUGGAUAGUGUCCUCCGCCACCAUGUUCGCUGUGGCGUUUGCUGCCCAUGGGGCUUGCGACUUGCUGGAUUAGGCUCCGCCUCCUAG